AGUGCUCCCUCUCUUGAUAUCGUCUAUGAAAAGCUUUCCAUUCUUUGGCCUGCCUCCACAGUCUAAUCCAAACUGAAAUAUUUUGCCAUAUUUUUUGUCUUUGAAAUCAGUGAUGAGUUUCCUGAAAAAGAUGAAUCUUAGAGAUGGACAAGAAGUUUUCCAAUGGACAUAGAUAACGUAGAAGCUACUUUUAACUUUGAUUUACCAAAACCCCUCUUAAUUGUCCACUUUAUGAAGCGGACCUCGUUACCAGGCUUUGCAACAAAACAAAGACCGGAGAAGUGUGUUUCUGUGUUAAUCAAGAACCACAGAAGAUUCCAUGCACUAACCACUCUUCUGGUCCUCAGGAUUCAGACACUUCCUCUUCCGGUCAACCAGAAACUGCCUCUUCUGAUGACAACACUUCCUCUUCCGACUAUCCAGAACAUGCCUUCAGAUGACAUCACUUCCUCUUCUGCUCCCCAGGAUUCUACCCUCAACCUUCAUCACUUCCAAAAUCCUACAUCUUCCUGUCUGUUGCACAUAUCUGCCAGAAAAUUGUACACAUCUCAUCAGUUCUGUUGUGAACUCGAGUCUGUAAAGACAUAUUUGCCAUAUCUCUUUGCUCGUUUGACAAGUACAUGGGGCAGAAUCCCCAAAUCUUUAUGCUCUUUCCUUGUUUUCUUUCACACUUUUAUUUUUUUUAUUGUAGUGCCCUUGUAUGCUGCAUCAUAUUUUAUCAUUUUAUAUUUUUUCUUCUUUUAUUUGUCAUGUAUUCUGUGUUGACAUUUUAUGUGGCACCAACU